GUGCGGGAGGGGAUGAGGAGCGCGCGAUGAUUGCGGCGAGCUGCGAGCGCGAGAGAGAGAGGGGGGUGUGGGCGCAUCUGGUACGUUGGAUCGUCAUUCUUCAAAAGGUUUUGGACCGUUAGAUGUGUGAUAUGAUAAAUGAUGAAUGAGUAAAACAUUUAUUCAACUAUAGGGUAGAUUCUAUCCAACCAUUCCUUCCAGCAUCAAUCACUCCAUUCUUUUCGGAUCUAUAGCACGGCAAUCUCAAUCGUGAUUCCAGCAGAGGAAAGGACGACGCCCCCUUCACCGCGUGCUUGCCAGCGAGGGCUUGAUGGCGGUGGCCACCGACGACGAUGAAGAUGUUGAAGAGAUGCAGGGCUACCGGAUCGGAAGGAUUGGUAGCGCCUCAUGCAAGGAAGACAGACUAGACCAGAUGGGAUCUGCAGCUGGAACACGGUUAGUAGGUUGUGCACUUCUGCAAACAAUGCUGCAGUGUCCCUUCCUCCGGGGUGGGGAAGGUCACGAUCGAUCGCGUUCGGCGGGCGGCAGCGACGGACUGCAGGCCCGGCGACCGGCACGGGCCGCGCCUCUCAGGUCUUCGUUGAUGGGGAUGGAGGCCUUCGACACAGCUGCAGCAUCCCCUUCGUCCAUGUAUGAUGGCGCUAGAUGUAGCUCCAAUUGGUUCCUAGGCGUUGAGUUUCAAAUUUGUACUGAUGCAGUGAUGCUUAUUCCUGGAAUUGCUGGAUUUCUUCCGUGUGAUUCAUUACGUACGUGUGCCAGGUUCGGCCGGCCGGCACUGUUCCCGUCCUCGGGGAAGCUCAUGGAGUCAUAUGGUGUCGCAAGUCGCAACUGUGUGCAGCGGCUCAUCGCCGUCGACCUUGAGACUAACAUUUGGCCUUCACUGAACUUCGCGCCGUUGUCGAUACCUCCUGCCUGGCUGCCUCAUAGCAGUGACAAGCAAGACAUCGGCAGGAGUCAAAAUGCUAGCAAUAGCUGCCGUUUAGUUUUUUUAUGCACUAUAUGGAUGGACCAACAGCUGCCCUGUAAAUUUUUUACUACUAGUAGCACAUUUAUGUUGUGAUAAAAAAUUACUGUACCUUUUUUUUACUA